UAUAUUUUUUUGUGAUUGAUAGCUUAGAUAUUGCUCUUCAAAAAUCUAUAUUCAAUAGCUAUCCACGAUUGAAUAUGACAAAGAUAGGCAAAAAACAAAAAGGGGGUCGAAACUUAUGAAAUACCCUUUAAUAGUAAAAAAAUCAUAUUUAUUUAAUGCAAUUAAAACGAUAUAAAAAGGAGGCUUGAGUAUUACGCAAAUUAGUCACUACCAAUUCUAUAGAUAUAUAUUAUAUUGACAGGUGAAUGGGAUGGUAAUGAUGCAUCAGAUGAACAAAAUUUUCGUUCGAUUAAAUAGGAAUUUCAGUGAACAUAAUAAUCAAUUAAUUAAUGAUAAUAUUUGGAAGAAAUUGCAAAAUAAAUGUAUGAAGAUCUAUCAAAAGAGCACUUAACCAUUUUCAGAACAAUGUAAUAUUGAAUAUGAAUAUCUAUGUUUAUUAGGCAAUGUUGAUCAACCAUGGAAUUUUACUAAAUAUUGUCCGUGUAUUAAUUUUACACGUAUUGGUGAUGGAAACAUUGGUUGCUAUGGUCAACAAGAUGAACGAAACAUACAGCGAUGUAAAGGUAAAUUCCUUAUAAUGGGUUACAAUUUUUUGUGUCCAACAUCAUUACAAUGUAUUUUUUAUGAAUCACAAUGUAAAGAAGUGAACAUAUGUGAAAAUGGUGAAGAUGAUUUUUAUUUACCAUUUGUUUAUGGUAAUGACGAAUUAGCUGUUAAAUAUCAAGAAAAAAAAACAAUUUGUUUUUAUCCACCAAAUUCUUAUGGUAAUUAUUGUCAAUAUUCAAGUGAUCGAAUAACAAUUUUGACUCAUUUAGAUUUAAAAGAUUAUAAGAUAGAUAAACCCACAACAUUGAAAGUACUAUUAACAUUUUUAUUUAAUAAUCAAGUUAUUGAUAUAAAUCAAUUUUAUAUUCAAACUGUAUUACAAAACAAUGAGAUAAAUUAUAUAAAAGAAAAAAAUUAUUUUGUUUAUCCAUGUAUAAAAGAAUCUAUUGAUUUAAAAAGAAGAUAUCGUCAUGGAUUAUCCAUUUAUUAUGAUUAUUUACCAUCUUAUCAUUUAGCAAAAAUUUUAAAAUUAAAUUCAACAAGAAAUACUAAAUGUUCAAUGUGUGGACAUUGUUAUAGAAUUAUUAAUAAUAAUUAUUCAAUUUAUUGUAAAUGUCAUCAUGUACAUGUUCAAAUAAUUCAAUUUUGUCAUCUUAAUCAAUGUGGUAUUCGAAAUAAUGGUAAACAAAAAUCUUAUUGUUCAUGUUUAUCUGAAUAUUUUGGAUCAAAUUGUUAUUUAAAACAUGAUCAAUGUACAAUAAAUCGAUGUAAAAAUAAUGGUAUUUGUUUUAUUGAUUAUAUAUUAGAUGAUUUUUAUCAAAUAAAAUGUUUAUAUAUAAAAAAUAAAACAUCAAGUCAAAUUCAAGCAAUUGUUGUACAAUAUUAUGAUUUAAAAGAACAGACAUAUGAUAUGCUUAUUCAUCAACAACAAUUGUAUGUAUCAAAUUUUCCAUCAAUUAUUAAAUUUCAUCAUGAUCAAGCAUUUACAUCAGCAUUAUGUUUAAUUCGUAUAUAUAAAGAACAGCAAAAUGAAAAUCAAGAUUUUUUUCUCGUUUAUAGUCGACAAAAUCAAGUUUUUGUAAAUGUAACUACUAGUUUGACAGAAGAAACACAUUAUCGUCAUUCAAUUACUUUACUACAAGGUGAAUAUUUACAACAAUAA